AUGGUCUCACCCCCGUCUCCCUCGUCAACCCCACAGACUCCCAGCACGCUAGCGGAGGUCAUUGGCAAACGCCCUCAUCAUACAACAACGGAAGGCCUGCGUAAGAAGGGUCCAGGAGACAACGCAAGCCCAACUGAGCAGCCCGAGACUACACAGCCCCGGCUGAUUCCUGAGAGCGGAACACAUACAGUCAACACUGUCGCUACCAGUGAGCCCCGUCCCACCUGCACCAUGCCGUCAAGAGCGCCGCAAGGCACGGUCAAUGUACUGCCGCUCCUCAAGUUCGACCCCACUGAUUUUGCAGGCCUCCCCACUGUGCAGGGUGAAAACCCGCACAUCCAGCAGACACGCAGGGGUCCCACCCCCACCCUCCUGAAACAAACAACUCGCAUCUACACGGAUGUCGAGUUCCCCCAUGCCUAUAUCCCCGCAUGA